AUGUUCUUCGUUUUGUUACUUUGUCAAUUCGCGUUGACGGCUGCUAAUCCAUUCCACAAGUAUCCAUAUGUGUUUCUUCUCGACAUCGGCAAUGAGGAGUUAGAGAAGACUAACACAGAACAAAUAAGACUCUCCUUACCAGGUGGAUCUUUAGCUUUGAGAUAUCCGGCUAUUGGCAACGGAGACACGAUAGCCCAUGUUAGAGUGAGCGGCAUAGAUUUUGGUACGGAUCUCAAAGCUAAUAUAGUGGACGGUGGGCCUGGUUACAAAUACGUUGUUGUCGUAUUCAUGGGUAACCCAGGCGUGCCCUAUGAUGCAGUGGUAACUAUCCAGACGGUAUCCGAUAGUGAUGUCGCUAACAUAAAUCAGAGUAACACAAAUAAUUUGAGCAAUUCAAUUGUUAAUGAUUCCAAAGACAAUAACGAUAGCGCUGAGGUUACAGAUGAUGAUGAGAUGAAUAAAAAAAACGUCAACACAUAUUCUAUUGAUGCUAAUGAUAGUUCCGAGGACACCAGUGAUGAUACAGAAAGUCAAAAUGCCGAAAAUGGUAAUACAGAAAUAAGUCAGGGUAGUUCAAAUAUUUACAGCUAUGCAAAAAACGAUGCCGAAGAGAUGGAAGACGACAACAACGAUGUAGGUAAUGAAAAUGAUAGUGAAAGUGACAAUUUGGGAAACGAUAAAGAUAUUCACAGGCAGUACAGUGAAGCACGUCAAGAAGUAGAGGUAAAGGAUUACCAAAAAUAUAGCGAUAUGAAUUAUGAAUACAAUAGUAAUGAAGACACACCAGAACAGAGUGUUUCAAGUGUUUAUACUAAUGAAGAGAAUGAUGAUAAGCCUGCAAGACUGAUAGACAAUAAUAUUUAUUCAAGUUAUUCAAUGCUAAGGCCUGCUUUGUUCGGAUUAAGGUUUUACCCACAAAAUGCGGUGCCUUUUAUGGUACGCGAAAACGGUGGGUCUGUUUAUAAUUCAGAAGAAUUUGAUGCGAUGAUUAACGACGAUGAUGAUCAUAAUGAACCUGAAAAAUUAAGGGAUUCAAAUAACAAUUUAUUGCAUUCAGAUGAUAACUCUGCUGUUAUGUCGUAA